CUCGGAAUAUACAAAUCAGCCCUACCAAACCAUCGUCGUCUAACUCAAAUUUUGAAUUGAUUGUGGCAAUGGAAGUCGAAGUGGUUGAUCUGACGAUUUCCUGCCGCCUGUGCCUGAUACCUAUCACAGGGAAAGCCAUCGAUCUGCACAGUGAGGAGUUGAUGGCGCAACUGGAAUUCAUCUUCCUCGUGUCGUUUAAACAAAAGGAUUGGUUCCCCCGAACAGUAUGCCACGAGUGUCUGGCCCUAGUGACGACAACCUACGCCUUCGUACAGAAGGUCCGGGACAAUCAAUACUAUUUGGAAUCUUUGGACUUGUCCUAUGCGGUUGACGCUGAACCUGUCGAAAUCGAAGUUGGACAGAGUAUGAAAAUUGAUACCGGCGAUUUGGUCACUACUGAAAAUGGGCUUUCGGAAGAUCCAUCAGAGGAGGACUGCAAAGAGGAACCGGUAACGGUUGAUGAGUCUACCUCAGAGCCAGAAAUGGAACUAAAGAUUCCCAGGAAACCCCGAAAGCUUAGAAAGAAGUUAAGUCAAACGAAAGAUGACGAACUCAUUAGACAGUAUUACAAGUUUCAGUGUGACCUCUGUUCAGAGGGGACUUCCAAUUUCAACACUCUGUUAGGUCACUUUCGUGAGAAACACAAAGUGUCCGGUUACAUCAAAUGUUGCAACAAGAAGUUGUACCGGCGGUGUCGUCUGUUGGAACACAUCUCCAAGCACCUUAAUCCGGACACGUUCCGGUGUGAGAUGUGCAACAAAUCAUACUCCUGUAAGACUAGCCUAGAGCUGCACAACAUGCACCUUCACCUGCCGGAAACCGAGAAACCUUUCAAAUGUACCAAAUGCCCACGGUCCUUUGCCAAGGACUAUCAGCUAAAAUGUCACAUCGUGCGGCACGUGGCCGUGGAAUGCCCGAAGUGCGGGCGCAUCAUGUCUAGCCGGCUGUCGCUCAGGGACCAUCUGAUCAAAAUGCACAGCGAAGUCGGUCAACGGUUGAUGGUGUGCGAUACCUGUGGGAAGGGUUUUCGCUCGAAGACGUCGUUUCAGAGACACGUGCUAUUGCACCAGGGUGUGACGCAGGAGAACCGGAUCCAGUGUAAUCUGUGUUCGCGGUGGCUGAUAAACAAGAUGGGCCUGAAGAAGCACAUCCGGACGCAGCAUACCGAAGUGGGGGAGAUCUUUGUUUGCGCGGACUGUGGCAAGAUAGCACCGAAUUCGGCGGCUCUGCAGCAGCAUCGGAGGGUUGUCCAUUCGGAGCAGAAGUUUGCCUGCGAGAUCUGCGAGAAGAGCUUCAAACGGGCAAUUGCGCUGAAGGAACAUCGGGCUACCCAUACGGGCGAGACGCUCUACUCGUGUAAGUUCUGCCCGAUGACGUUCAUAUCGAAUGCUAAUAUGUACACGCAUCAGAAGAAAAUCCACCCGAAACAGUGGGAGAAGACGCGGAAGGGUAAAUUGAAGGAAGAAAUAGGCAACGGACUAGGAUUUUCAGCAUCAACCACAGGGGCUUCAUAGCUCGAUUGUGUAUUAUAACGCAAUCAAUCACCCCAUUAUUAAGGAAGAACAGAAUUAAACUAUUUUCUCCCAGUUCUGUCGGAUAAUA